UCUGGACCAAUGAAAGCAAAGUACCUCAUUUACUAGCACUAAGAACUGGCACUAUUUAAGUGGUAGCAGGAAUGGGCUGUGAGUCGCGUCUGCUUUCUCCACAAACGGGCACACUGUUGUCUGAUCUGGGGCAUCUCUGAGCUGAAGAGAGGGAAGUCAGAAAGCCUGCAGGACUCCCGCUGCCGCCAUGUGCUUUGGCAAGUGUGCAAGAUACAUCGGAUACUCUCUGGUGUUGCUUGCUGUCCUCUGCAUCGUAGCUAAUAUUUUGCUCUACUUUCCUAAUGGGGAGACGAAGUAUGCUUAUGAGGACCACCUCAGUCGCUUUGUGUGGUACUUUACCGGCAUUGUAGGCGGAGGCAUACUGAUACUCCUGCCAGCGUUUGUGUUCAUUGGGCUGGAGGAAGACGACUAUUGUGGCUGCUGCAGCUGUGAAAACUACGGCAAGAGAUGCACAAUGCUUUCUUCUGUACUGGCUGCUUUCAUCGGCAUUGCGGGAUCUGGCUACUGCAUCAUUGUGGCGGCGCUGGGCUUGGCCGAAGGACCAAAGUGUAGUGAUUCCCACGGUGUGUGGAACUACACCUUUGCCGACACUGAGGGAGGGUACCUUAUGCAGCCCGAUACAUGGUCCAAGUGUCAUGAGCCUGAGAACAUUGUGGAGUGGAAUGUGACCCUCUUUUCUAUUCUCUUGGCACUCGGUGGAAUUGAAUUCAUCUUGUGUCUCAUCCAAGUCAUCAAUGGAGUGCUGGGAGGCAUAUGUGGCUAUUGCUGCUCCCGCCAACAGCAAUAUGACUGCUAAAAGAACACAAGACAGAGAGAGCCACAUGCUUCCUUUAUUGCAUUGUAACUUGUAUAUUUUACUCGUGUUAUGAAACUUUGUACUGGUGUAUCAUAUUCCAUACAUUCUGCUUUUAUAAAGAAAUGUGCUGACAUCUUCGUAUGAUGUCAGUGUUUGCAUUUAUCAAGCAAACUUUGUUUUAAAGAAUGAGGCAACAAACUGCACUCACUCUGGAGGUAUUUCACAGACUGAAUGACUGUUCUCAGCAUAGCUGAGAUAGACUUGUCAAUAUUUAAGAUAAAAAUCACAUUUAACUAUUGUGCAUAUGUGUACUUGUUUUUUAAAUAAAAGAUCUCCGGUUUCCUUUUCAAGACCAAGAAGAAUCCCAAA